GAGUAGAAAGAGGAGGGAAAGCGCAUUAACACCGUGCCUUCUGCAAUCCCACUCGCAAAGAAAGCAAGACAAAAACCUCCCACCCAAAACAAAGCAAGAACCCACCCCUCCCCACCCACUGUGAAGAGAGAGAAAGGGGAGAGAGAAGGAAGAAGCCCCAUCUGUGAGCUCAGAGACAAGAGAGAGAGCGAAACUAGAGAGAGAAAGGAGGAGGAGAGAGAAGCAAGAAGCCCUACUUCUUCGCUCUUCUAUCCAUAACCGGACGAAGCGCGAGCAAUUAAGGAUAAAAGUGCAGAUGCUUGCUUUGAGAGAGAGCCCAGUAUUACUCGGAGAUUGGGAGAGAAAAAAGCUCAUGCGGUUGCUUACAGAGGGAGAGAGUCCAGCGUUUGACUCGAAGAUUGAGUAGAGAGAGAUAAAGAAAACCCAUAUCCCUUGCUUCAGUUUUAUAGAGAGAGAAUAGAGAAUAGAGCAGGGAGGAAGCCCAUAUACAUGGUUGAGAGAGAGAACCCCUAAUAUUCCCUGCUGCAGGGAAGAGACGAGAGAGAAAAGCCACACAAUUGGCUAGACCUAGAGAAAUUUCAGAUAUCUGGCUCACAGAGGAGAGAGAUAGAAAGAAGAGGAGGAGAGAGAAAAUCCAGAUUCUGGGUCAGUGGGGAGAGAGGAGGAAGAGAUGAUGUGUAGAGAGAGAAAGAGAUGAUCAUGAGGUGCCAGCGCCACCCAAGCAAUCCUGGCGCUGUGGGUGUCUGCGCCCAGUGCCUCCGCGAGCGCCUCCUUGCCCUUCUUGCCGCGGUCUCGGCUGCCAACGGCACCACCGAUCCAGAUGUCAAAGGUGCCUGGCACAGCACAAGCAGCAGCUCAGCCGCCAGCGGCAGCAGCGCCCGCCACCUUCCUUCCCCUUUCCCCAAAUCUGUCUCCCCUUACAUUUCCCGGCCCGUCAAAGAGCGCGACCACCGCCUCUUCUAUAGCACCCCUCAGCUACAUCACCCCCCAAAUUCAAACCCCAAGCCCCGCAAAUUCUCAAUUUUGUCCUCUAUUUUUGGCCCCAAACCCCAAAUAUCCAAGGUUUCUUUCUCUGAGACGAGAGUUUCAGUUUCAGAAUCUAGGGUUUCUGGUUCGUCAUCUUCCUCCACAUGGUUUUCUUCUUUGUUUAGAAAGAAAUCUAGGUUAUUUUCAGCCGAGUGUGGCGGAGAAGUGGCGGCUCCUCCUAUUCGGAGGCGGAGGAGGAGGAAUCGAGGGCUUUCUCCUGCUGAAAAAGGAAGAGAAGAAGAAGAAGAUUUUCCUGAAUCAACGAGGGAGAGUGGAUACUUGUCCGAUUCAAUGGUGGAUAGUGCGUUUCAGGGUAAGAAGGUAGAGGAGGUGGUGGUUUCUAGACCGAGAAGAAGGGCUGCCCCGGCACCUCCUCUUCAUGGAUCGUCCGGUUUUGCGUUUUGCUUGAGCCCAUUGAUGAGGCCGAGCCCUAAGCACAGAUAUGGCGGAGGAGGGGGAGAUCAGGUGGGGUGGGAUAUGGCGCAUUCUGGUGAGCUGCGGAAUAAAUAUUUGUGUUCUUCUUCGUCUUCCUUCGUUAACAGGUCAAGGAAGCUCGCUGAUAUGGGCCGAUUUCCUUGAUCAAAGGUUUCAUUUUCAUUUUCAUUUUUUUCUUCUUCUUUUGAUAUGAGAGAGAGAGAGAGUUUUUUCUUCUCUUUUUGAUUAUGGUUAUUGAUUUCAGUUGAUGUAUAGAGAGAGGGAGUGAGAGAUCAGAGACAUGUGACAUUAAGAAUUAAAGCGGAUUCUGCUUCUCUUUCUUCCU